GCUCACCUGAAACAGCAGAGCACAGAGAGACAGACAGACACACACACAGGUAUACACGGGAGUGGAGCCGGAAGAACAAGCAGGUUGAUCUAGGACUCGUCCUGAUAGUGUUUUCUCUAUUGUAACUCCAAACGUGUCUUAGAUCACAACUCCGUCCGACGCUAGACUUUUAUUUAAACGCAAUUUAUUUAUGAAAGUGAGACAGCAACGGAGGAAACAUGCCAGAGCAAGGAAAGAAGCUGAUUCUGAUCGUGGUGGAUGUUCUUUGUGUCUUUGUUGCGGCUCUGCCUUCAGCUAUCCUGACACUGAUGUUCACCCCGUACCAGCGAGGAAUCUACUGCGAUGACAAGAGCAUCAGCUAUCCCUACAGGAGAGACACCAUUUCUCAUGGAGCCAUGGCUGCCGUCACCAUCACCUGCUCCAUAGUCAUUAUCACCACAGGAGAGGCCUACCUUGUGUACACCAAACGUCUGCACUCCAACUCCCAGUUCAACCAGUACCUGUCAGCUCUCUAUAAAGUGGUGGGCACCUUCCUGUUUGGAGCAGCCGUCAGCCAGUCACUGACCGACCUAGCCAAGUUCACAAUAGGUCGUCCCCGUCCUAACUUCUUAUCCGUGUGUAACCCGGAUGUCUGUAACGGAUACAUGCUGCAGAUCAACUGUACUGGCCUGCUGCGCAAUGUGACUGAAUCCAGGUUGUCCUUCUACUCCGGCCACUCGUCUUUUGGGAUGUACUGCAUGCUUUUCCUGUCGCUUUAUGUCCAGGCCCGAAUGCAGGGGAAGUGGACGCGUCUGGUUCGACCCACCAUCCAGUUCUUCCUGGUGGCGUUUUCUCUGUAUGUGGGAUACACACGUGUGUCUGACUACAAACACCACUGGAGCGACGUACUGGUUGGACUGCUGCAGGGAGCUCUCAUCGCUGUGCUCACUGUCAGAUACGUCUCAGACUUCUUCAAACAGCGCCCUCCGCUCUGCACGCAACCAAACACGGCAGAGAGCGAACACCUGGAGCGCAAACCCAGCCCACAGCCCCCCGACUCGCAGCACGGAAACCACUACAACUACUCUGGACCUGUAUGAGCACAUUACAGCACACUACAUUAAAACAACAGCUCUGUUACCAAAGGAUGUGUGACUUGUACAGAAAAAAAAACAAACCAAAACACAAUGCAGUAACCACUACCAGGACACCCAGAUCCAGCCUAGACCUGCUCCUCUUGGACUAAUUUACAGCUAUGAAAACUCCCGUUGGAACAGAAGCUCUGCCUACUGUGUGGUUUUUCAAUUUGGGUGUGUGUAAAAUAUGCAAAACAUGUCUGAUGUGUAGUGUGUCGUUAUGUCUGACAGUGUGCAAUGAUAUGAAUUUUGUUAUCUUUUUUUUUUUUUUAAUCUCUGUUGUGUUGUGUUGAAUUGUUGCUGUGACUUAACCGAGAAGUGAGCAAAGACUGCUAAAGAAGAUCUGAAAAUUCAAAAAGCCAACCAGCCAAAGAUUUGUUUGUCCUUGAAUGACAAAAACCUUGGAGAUUGAAUAUUUUGUUGCCUUUUUUUUAGUCAGUUAAGAUUGUUGCUCUUUUUAUUUUUAUCUACACUGGAACUAUAUAUUAUAUCUGCCUGUCCCCUGACACUGUUUCUAUAUUUUACAGUUUUUAAGAGAUGUGCAUGCAUAGUUAUGGACUGCUCUAACUAUAUACAUUAUUAUGUAUAGUGCUAACAUUUUUAUUGUUUGUAACUACUGUAGCUCAAUAAAUUGUGUAUCUUUUAUAGAAUGUAUUACCACUACUUUGCUGUGACGUUACAGUGAAACUUUUUGAGCUGGCAGUGUUGUUUCUGGACAUUUUCUUCCUCUUUUUUUAAAUACACAUUUUACAUUUCAAAUCAAAGACAGGAUGACCAAGAAAAUGGAGAAGUUUCCGGCGCAUGUUCACCUUAUCAACACUUCAGUUUACGUGCUUGUGAAACCACCAUUUCACUCCGUGGAUGGAUGAAGUCGGACAAGAACUAAAUAUACCUUCAUGGACCUCUUCCUUCCCUCCUUCCCUCAUUAUAACGUGUGUAAUAUCGUGUGUAACCUAUUGUGUCACUGCACAUAAUGUAAUCAUCCCUUUCAGCCUGUCUGUUUUUGUGCAGUUUUCUCCAUAAAUAUUAGCCA